GUCCCGGUUCCGGUCCCGGUUCCGGUUCCGGUUCGGCCCGGCCCGGCAGGAUGAUCAAGCUCUUCUCGUUGAAGCAACAGAAGAAGGAGGAGGAAUCGGCGGGGGGGACCAAGGGCACCAGCAAGAAGGCCUCGGCCGCACAGCUCCGGAUACAGAAAGACAUCAACGAGCUGAACCUGCCCAAGACCUGCGAGAUCGACUUCUCCGACCAGGACGAUCUCCUCCACUUCCGGCUCCUCAUCUGCCCCGACGAGGGCUUCUACAAGGGAGGCAAGUUCGUCUUCAGCUUUAAGGUUGGCCAGGGCUACCCCCACGACCCCCCCAAAGUCAAGUGCGAGACCAUGGUCUAUCACCCCAACAUCGACCUGGAGGGCAACGUCUGCCUCAACAUCCUCAGAGAGGACUGGAAACCGGUCCUGACGAUAAACUCCAUCAUCUACGGCCUGCAGUACCUCUUCCUGGAGCCGAACCCCGAGGACCCCCUCAACAAGGAGGCCGCCGAGGUGCUGCAGAGCAACCGCCGCCUCUUCGAGCAGAACGUGCAGCGCUCCCUGCGCGGCGGAUACGUGGGGGCCACCUACUUCGAGCGCUGCCUCAAGUAGCCCCGCCCCCUUA